UGUUUUCAAGUGUUAUUGUGCUGGAAAGCGCUCGCUGCUGGAGCGAAUGAAGCUUCUGUUCAAUCAUUUAGCGUAUAGCUGAUUUGUUUAUUUCUAAAUAUACAAUCUACAGUUUAUAUUCACUAUGCCGUAUGCCAACCAGCCUACGGUUAAAAUCACAGAGCUAUCGGACGAGAAUGUGAAGUUUGUGAUCGAAAACACCGAUCUCGCGGUGGCAAACUCUAUUCGACGAGUGUUUAUGUCUGAGGUUCCAACUAUCGCUAUUGAUUGGGUUCAAAUCGAUGCCAACUCAUCUGUUCUGCACGACGAGUUUAUUGCUCACAGAGUGGGUUUAAUUCCACUCACAAGCGAUGACAUUGUCGACAAGAUGCAAUACUCACGAGACUGCACGUGUGAUGACUUUUGUCCAGAGUGCUCGGUUGAGCUUACACUGGAUGUGAGAUGUACAGAGGACCAGACACGACAUGUGACCUCGCGAGAUCUGCUGUCUAAUAACCCUCGAGUCAUCCCUGUAACAUCUAGAAGUCGAGACAAUGAUCCCAACGAUUAUGUAGAGCAAGACGACAUCCUGUUAGUCAAACUGCGGAAAGGUCAGGAGCUGCGUCUCAGAGCGUAUGCGAAAAAGGGUUUUGGCAAGGAACACGCCAAAUGGAAUCCCACCGCAGGAGUGGCUUUCGAGUAUGACCCCGACAAUGCUCUGAGACACACGGUUUUCCCCCUCCCACAGGAAUGGCCUAAAAGUGAAUAUUCAGAAAUUGAAGAGGACGGAGUUGAGGCUCCAUAUGACCCUAAUGGCAAGCCAGAAAGGUUCUAUUACAACGUGGAGUCUUGUGGUUCACUUCGUCCAGAGACCGUCGUCAUGUCGGCUUUUGCUGUGCUUAAGAAGAAACUGAGCGAUCUGCAGACUCAACUCAGUCAUGAAAUUCAAAGCGAUGUUCUCACCAUUAACUAAGUGGAGUAAAAUCCCAGUACUGCUUUUUUAGAUGAACUAUCAGGAACAUGGCUCAAGAGAAAGAGUUUCUGAAAAUAUAUUUUUUCAGCCGCUAUUCGUUGUUGCAUCAAAGUGUCCACGAAUUCUCCAAUAAAUGCAUAAACAUG